CGCGUUCUUCGCGCUCUCACUCACAACUGCGCAUCGAAGUAGUUUGGUCGCCGAAAUUUUCCGUUGCCAGAAGUAAACAUCCAAAUUGUCAUCAUGUCGAAUCCGAAUUCUAGAAGCUACUCCAACCAUCAGAAAACUUCCAUGAUGAAUAGUGAAAUUCUCGAAAUUGAGCAAUGCCUGUUCCCGAUACAAGAAGAAUUUUUCCUCAAAGAUGAAUCAGAAGAGAAGUGCUUCUCAAUAGCAAUCAGUGAUUCCUGGAACAUCCCGAGCCAGCCAUCGUACACGAAAUGGGAGACACUGCUGGGGGGAGAAAUGUCGUCCCAGAUUAUCGACAAGUUAUGCUUUAGCGAGAUGCUGCUAAUAGCGGAUAACGAUGAGAUCGUCGGUGGUUUUGCUAUACAAGUGGAGACUAUUGCCGACGAAGUGAUUGCCGUCUUUUGCAGUUCACAGUUUUCUAUGAGUGAUGGUAAAACAGCACGAAGCGAAUUGCUGGCAUUGACCGACAAACAGUUCAAUCCGUUCCAGGAGCGAAAGUGUGAAACUGUUUUAUCUCGUGAUUUCAAACAAGAAAAGCAACUACAGCUGUUCUUCGAUGAAGAACAAAACAUGACUGCAUUCCGCCACGAAUCGAUUGCAGAUAAGUCUGAAAGCUAUCAGGGAGUGCUCGCAGCUGGGGAAGAAGGCAUCCUAAUGCCAGAUGGACUUAACAUAUUGUUCAUGCGAUAUCUGGUACUGACAAACUUCACCGGUGAUAUUCACACUCGAACGAUUGACAUAAAAGGACGGAUUGGUCAUUCUCUUUACCAAUUAACCGAUCCUAUUCCAACUAAAAUUAACGAUGAAAUCCAUGACACAAAGCAAGUCAUUAGAAAGGUAUACUAUUCGGACACAGAUGAACCAGAAAUUAGUAUUAGUUACUACCUCAGUACGGGACAUUUACUGCGACAUACUUGGAACAAUUCCAACUUCUCGAUUAAAAUGAAUCCGAGAUCAUCCAUCUCUGACCUGUCGUUCCGCAUGGAAGACCUCUGUGAGACAAUGCGAAUAUAUUUGAAGGAGCUUGCCAAACUAUUUGAAGAAUCGCCUAAGGAAGUGAACAGAUGCUACACCAUACUUGCGAAACCGACCGAAAUAGUGCGGACUGUUCUUUCGGAGAUCAUUUUCGAGGCAACAAAAAGUUCGUCGGCAGGAAGAGUAUCUUCUCCAAAAUCCUCCGAUGCUAUCAAAGAGGUUCUUGUUGAAAUCAUAAACCAAAUGUCGCUUUCUUAAUAAAAUUUGUAAAAUGCUAAUGGUUCACAGCGGUUUUCAAUAACCAACAUAUCAAAAGCGCG